UCGCCACUCUUUUGUAGCACGCCGAAUUGCGGGACCCGUUUUCGAGGGCUUUACCCACCAAUCGUGCACGGUGAAAUGGCUUUCCUGAGCUACAGAAGCGUUAGGCGAAUGACAACUCGGUUUCCCACAAUUACACCAAAAGCGGCUGUGGUCAGCGAUGAGAUGCUGGCCAGCGUGGCUGGCCUGGAUGUGCUGCGCCGUGGAGGAAACGCUGCUGAUGCUGCACUUGCCAUGGCAGCCUGCAUGCAAGUUCUUCAGCCAUAUGCCACCGGUAUUGGAGGCGACUGCUUCGCCCUGCACUAUGACGCCCGUACAAAGAACGUUCGCUGCAUCGAUGGAUGCGGCAGGAGCCCAGCCGCGCUCACGCUAGAGAUGGUGGAGUCGAAGAGCCGCUACGACUGGACAAGCGAGAGGGGCAUGUACGGUUUGCAGGCGACGGUGCCCGGUGCAGCGAAGGCCUGGUUCCACAUCGGUAAUCGUUUCGGCUCGGGAAAGAAACUGUCCGAGGAUGACAAGAUCGCCAACAUUUUGAAAGAUAUCGCAGACGACGUGUUCAAUCUGCUCGUCUUCACCAACGUGACCACCGUUGACAGUGUCAUCAAAGAGUUCCGUCGUCUCGAGCAAACGAAAUGUCAGCGCAUCUCGCCGCAGAUCGACCGUCUACCGAAUACCCCUGUAACGUCGUCCUGCGAGCUUAACAUUUCGGAGCUUUUAGCGCCGGCGAUCAACUAUGCCGAGAACGGAUUCCCCAUGGAUCAUGUGAAGCAUGGCACCUGGCGGGCCAUGCACAACCGUCUCACACGUUUACCCGGUGGCCGGUAUUUCCUGAACGAGGGCAACACUGUGCCCCCACUUGGUCAGAUAUUGGCGAACAGGCCAUUGGCCGCGCUUUUGAAGAGGCUCGGCCAGGAGAGGCCGCAGGUGAUAUACAAGGGACGUGUGGCUGAAGGCAUUGUGGAGGCCGUGCGUUGUGCGGGCGGCGUCUUGUCCACCGAAGACCUCUCCGAUCACCUGGAGUCUACUGAACCCCUUGAGACAGAGCCCGCGUCCACCACGUACAGAGAAGUCGCAGUGCAUACGACGACCCUUCCCACACAGGGUGCCGUGCUUCUAGAGGCCCUUAACAUACUCAACAGCUUCGAUCUGAAAGUGCCCAGUGCCAUGCCUGAAUAUGGGCCCAGUGUUGCGCGCUGGAUGCUGGGACGCUGGCAUGGCGCGACAUACUGGGAGGCGCUGGGCGCGGCGUACUGGUGCGAAAUGCACCUCUAG